UGCGUCACGACGUAGGGCUGAUGAAACUGAGGAGUGGCCUGGUGAUUGCAGUGACACUUUCUGACAUGUGGGUGUCGCUGCUGACACUCUGCAAUCAUGGCUGCCCAGGAUGAGCUCAAUCAGCUGGAACGUGUGUUCCUUCGCCUGGGCCAUGCAGAAACAGACGAACAACUACAAGACAUUAUCUCCAAAUUCCUGCCCCCUGUACUCCUUAAACUCUCCAGUGUUCAAGAGGGGGUGCGAAAGAAAGUGAUGGAGUUAUUGGUCCACUUGAAUAAGAGAAUAAAAAGCCGACCUAAGAUUCAGCUACCAGUAGAAACUCUCCUUGUACAGUACCAAGACCCUGCAGCUGCUUCAUUUGUCACGAACUUUACCAUCAUCUACAUUAAAAUUGGUUACCCACGUCUUGAGGUAGGAAAGCAGUGCGAGUUAGCCCCCACCCUCCUCACUGCAAUGGAGGGCAAGCCACAGCCACAACAGGACAGCUUGAUGCACCUGCUGAUCCCCUCUCUUUACCAUAUGAAGUAUCCUGCAGACACCAGCAAGACUUCAGUUCCCUUUAACCUAAGUGAACGGCCAAAGACAGUGCAGUUGCUCUUGGAAUUUAUGUUGGAUGUUUUACUGAUGCCAUAUGGGUUUGUGCUAAAUGAAUCUCCAACACGACCAGCACCCUCGUCCUCUCAGGGAAGUUCUUCAGAUGGGUCAGUGACCACAAGUAGCCAGUGCCUUCCCCAGCCUCCCCCUGGUAUGAGUGUUUAUGCUGCCAAGAGGGUGAUUGGAGAAGCUCAGUGGAGCGCCGAGCAACUAGAACAGUGUAAACUGGGCAUAGUGAAAUUCAUCGAAGCUAAGCAGGUUCCAGAAGUGGAGACUGUAGUUCACCUGGUGGUGGCGUCCAGCGACACGAGACACAGUGUUGCCACAGCAGCUGAUCUGGAGCUGAAGAGCAAACAGAGCAUAAUCGAUUGGAACAACCCACUGAUUAUUAACAAGAUGUACAAGGUGUAUCUCGGUGAUAUCCCACUUAAAUCCAAGGGUGGAAAUUUGAAGCAAGAGUUGAAGCAUGAACCAGUGAGUACUAGGGUUAAACUAAAAAUCCUGCCACAUCUGCUACGGUCACGCUUAGCUGCAGAGUGCUUUCCAGCUAAUAUCCAGGUCGUAUAUGAUGGUCUUUUUGGAGCAAAUACAAACAACAAAUUGCUGUCACUCACUUUACAGUUUGUUCAUCACAUUUGCAUGGUGUGUCCUGACACUAAUAAGCCAUUAGGGCUUAUGCUGCUCAAUGGUCUCACCAAGCUUAUCAAUGAAUACAAGGAAGACCAAAAGCUACUGUGUGUUGCCUACUCGGCAGUUGGAAAGCUGUCAAGUCGAAUGCCGCAACUGUUUACAAAGGAUAUUGCACUGGUCCAGCAGUUUUUUGAUUCCAUGUGCAAGGAGGAGUCUGAUGUUCGCCUAGCCAUUCAGGAAGCUUUAUCAAUGAUGGUUGGAGCUUAUGCUAACCUCCAGGGGGCACUGCUUAAUCUGAUGGAGGCACUGGUCACUGCCUACAUUGGAAAGCCGGAAGUACAGGUCCGCCAAGUAGCCAUGAAGUUUGUCAGCACUGUUUUUGCUUCUGAUCAUGUGCCAUCAAGAUAUCUGCUGCUGCUGGCUGCUGGAGAUCUGAGAGAGGAGGUGGCAGGAGAGGCCCAGAGGGUUUUGAGGGCUGUUUCCAACAAGAGUUCAGAGAAGGAGGGUCCAAAGCCUAUGCCCUCAUUUCCUGACAUGGUAGCGUAUGUUCAGGAGAAGGCAGCUCAGAGGAUCAAGACUCCAGCAAAGUACAUUGUUGGAACCUACACCAUUCCUUUUAACCCUUCUGCAUUUGGGGAGAUCGUGCUGUACCUGAGGAUGUGUUUAGCUCACAGUGCAGGGGCCACACUCAUGUCCACACGCUUGGCAGACAUGCAGGAUGAUGCCCCAGCCAUCGGCCGCUACGUUCACACACUGCUGUCCUGUGAUCCCCUGCCGUCUAUUUCCAAAGGAUCCGAGGCCAAUCCCAUUCAUGUCUACAUGGAUCUGUUGCAGCAGCUGCUGUCUGCCGUCGGAGGAAUCCCAGUCAUGUACUGUCUGUUGGAGGUUGUGUCUGUCUGCCCAGAGAAACUUGCUCCGAGAUUUUUCAAUAAAAUCGACUGGAUUAAAGGUCUGAUGAACACAAAUAAGGAAGACAUGAGGGAGUUGGCAGCUCAGCUGUACGCUGUGGUGGUGUCCACCAUGACUGGCAAUGAACUACAGACAGCCGUGCAAAACCUGGUCAAAACUACAAAGGACAGUCAUAAUCCUGAGACUCAGCAUGGUGCCGUUCUGGCUCUUGGCUACAUGGUGGGAAGGUACAUGGGCAAGAAGAAUGCUCUCUCUUGCAGUGACUCCACCCAUAACAAAGGACAGAAAAUGAGUGUUUCUUCACAAGAAGGGGAUGCACUUGUUUCCAUGGCAACAAAGACAAUUGGUUCCUUCCUGGACAGUAGCAGUCCACUCCUGGCAGUGGCAGCUUGUACAGCUUUGGGGGAAAUAGGUAGGAAUGGCUCCUUGCCAAUCCCAGCAGAGGGUGAGGGCUUUACCAAACUCUUCAUUGUGGAGAACCUUGUGGCUCGCAUCCCCUCUGGCAAGGAGACCACAAAGUUGAAAGAGCGAAUAAUCCAGACUCUAGGUAACCUACCAGUGGGAGAUGGAGAUUUCCCUCAUCAGAAAAAGUUGCUGCAGGGACUCAUGGACUCUGUAGAGGCUAAGCAGGUGGAGCUGCAGUUUACAGUCGGUGAUGCCAUCACCAGUGCAGCCAUAGGCACCAGCUCUGUAGCUGCCAGAGACCCAUGGACCUGUACCGAGGACCAGUACAGUCCACCAAACAAUAUGAAAAAUAACAAUGUGGUGCCCUGGGUCCUCAACUCCAUCCUGUCCAAAUACAUACCCAGCCAGAACCCACAUGUUCGACAGGCAGCCUGCAUCUGGCUGCUCUCUCUGGUGAAGAAACUCAGCCAAGACAAGGAAAUCUUGUCCAAGUUAAAGGAGAUUCAGGUGGCAUUCAUCUCGGUCCUCUCCGAUCCUGACGAGUUGAGUCAGGAUGUCGCAUCUAAAGGUCUUGGUUUGGUUUAUGAGAUGGGGGGAGAGGCUGACCAACAGGAACUUGUGUCCACCCUGGUGGAAACACUCAUGACAGGAAAAAGAGUGAAACAUGCUGUUUCUGAAGAGACAGAGGUGUUCCAGGGAGAUGGUUUGGGAAAAACACCUGAUGGCCACAACCUUUCCACAUAUAAGGAGCUGUGCUCUUUGGCCAGUGACCUUAACCAACCAGAUCUCAUUUACAAGUUCAUGAACUUGGCUAAUCACCACGCCAUGUGGAACUCUCGCAAGGGAGCAGCUUUUGGCUUUCACAUAAUCGCUGCUAAGGCCGGAGAGCAGCUGGCUCCAUUCCUGCCACAGCUUGUGCCCCGUCUGUACCGCUACCAGUUUGACCCCAACCUGAGCAUUCGCCAGGCUAUGACGAGCAUCUGGGAUGCCCUGGUCACUGAUAAGACCCUGGUGGACAAAUAUCUCAAGGAGAUUCUGCAGGAUGUCAUUUCCAACCUGACUGGUAACACCUGGAGAGUACGUGAGUCCAGCUGCCUGGCCCUGAAUGAUCUGAUUCGUGGGCGCCAGGCUGAUGACCUCAUUGACAAUCUUGCAGAAAUGUGGGAGACACUGUUUAGAGUGCUUGAUGACAUUAAGGAAUCGGUCAGGAAGGCUGCAGACUUAGCAUUGAAGACCCUCAGUAAGGUGUGCAUUCGUAUGUGCGAAUCCACAGGCUCUGCAGCCCAGAGAACUGUGGCCGUGCUGUUACCCACUCUGCUGGAGAAAGGCAUAGUCAGCAACGUCCCAGAAGUCCGUUCACUCAGUAUCCAGACCUUGGUGAAGAUUAGUAAAACUGCUGGUGCGAGACUGAAGCCUCACGCUGCUCGUCUCAUCCCAGCUCUACUGGAGGCUCUCAGCACCCUGGAGCCACAGGUUCUUAACUACCUCAGCCUCAGAGCCACAGAGCAGGAGAAGGUAAACUCCACCACCUCAAAACAAGUCAUAACAGAAACACGUGUAAGAUUUUAUCACCGACUGGAUACCACUUUGUUUUUGUUGCUUCAGAGUGCCAUGGAUGCUGCCAGACUAAGUGCUGCCAAGUCCUCUCCAAUGAUGGAGACUAUUAACAUGUGUCUGCAGCAUCUGGAUGUUUCUGUGCUGGGGGAGCUGGUUCCUAGGCUUUGUGAGCUGCUGAAGAGUGGUGUAGGCCUGGGAACAAAGGGUGGCUGUGCUGGUGUGAUAGUGUCACUCACAGUGCAGUGUCCUCAGGACCUCACCCCAUAUUCUGGUAAACUGAUGAGUGCCCUGCUGAAUGGUAUCCAUGACAGAAGCACUGUAGUACAAAAAGCUUUUGCCUUUGCACUGGGUCAUCUGGUCAGGUCAGCAAAAGACAGCAGUGUGGAAAAACUACUACUGAAACUCAGCACCUGGUACUUGGAAAAAGAAGAGCCAGUGUACAAGUCUUCUUGUGCGUUGACCAUACAUGCCAUCAGCCACUACAGCCCUGAUGUGUUGAAGGGCCAUGCUGGUGUGGCUCUGCCUCUGGCCUUCCUGGGCAUGCAUCAGGCUGCAGGCCCUGAGGAGGAGACAGGAGAGAGUCAUGAUGCCACGCUGUGGUCUGAGGUGUGGCAGGAGAAUGUCCCAGGAAGCUUUGGAGGUAUCCGACUGUACAUGACGGAGCUAAUUACAAUUACACAGAAAGCUCUUCAGUCCCAGUCCUGGAAGAUGAAAGCUCAGGGUGCUGCUGCCAUGGCAACCGUUGCUAAGGAACAGAUUGGCUCCUUAGUGGCACCGCACCUCGGUUUGGUGCUGUCAGCCUUAAUGCAGGGACUUUCUGGACGCACAUGGGCGGGGAAGGAGGAGCUGCUAAAAGCUAUAGGAUCAGUUGUGUCUAAAUGCAGUGGUGAGCUGCAGAAGCCCUGUGCAGGUCAGCCCACCGUCUCUGAGGUGCUGGACGUUGUACUGAAGGAAUGUCGUAAGGAGAGCUUGGUUUACAAGAUGGCUGCUCUGCGCUGUGCUGGAGACGUGCUCCACAGCAGUCAGGAGGACAGAUUUAGUCAAGUAGCAGAAAUCCUUUUCCCCAUGAUCAAGAAGAGCUGUCCAGGGAGUGGUGGUGGUGCCUCAACCAGGUCUUUGGAGGAUGACGACGAUGCAGAUGGGAAAGAGAAGCAGUUGAGGACUGAAGCCUUGCUUUGUGCCUUUGAGACACUUGGAAAGACCUGGCCCAGGACCCCACAGACUCAGGCUUGUUUCCAGGUGGAAGUGUGUAGUCUAAUGUGUGAAAAGCUGAAACACAGUACUUGGAAAGUGCAGCUCGCUGUACUACAGUGUAUGAAGGCCUACUUCCAGGGGUUACUGCUGUUAGAGAAAGGCAAUGCAGAUUCCAAUACACUGGCUCAGAUUCUAACAGAGACGUGUGCAGGACUCACCUACCCUUUAGAAAACAAAAGCUACUCCUCUGUGAGGACAGAGGCUCUGUCAGUCGUAGACCUGAUUGUGAAAAGAACUGGAGAGAGCGAACAGUGGGACUGUGUGUCUGUGAAGAGCCGAGAACAGCUGCAGCGUUCACUGUCGACCCUGCAGUCUGACAACAGACCUGACCUGAAGGACAAGGCCCAGGAGCUGAGGAGACACAUUCAGAGUCAACCCUGAACACACGUGUGCUCACUCUGACCGCCAGAUACGUCCAGCUACUGAGUGCAAACUGUUCAAAGAACGCAACUACUGCUUUUAACUUCUGUCGUCCAUGUCAUCCAUACCUUCACUUCUCUGUAAAAGCGCUUUUUGCUGAAGCAGUUCUCUUUCAGAACCAGUAUUUACAAACUCAGUUGUUGCAUUUAGCAUUCAUGUUUCCAGUGGCCCUUGAAGUGUUCACAUGGCCGAAACUGCCAUGACUUUGAGACGUGUCAAAAACUAUUAUGGGUUUAAUACUAUUAGGAUAUGUUUGGUUUGUUUGGUUCAUAUAAAUGGAUGGUAAGAGAAAAUGAUGAUAAUAAAUGGCAUUUAAACCAGUCUGUUAGGUUUUUGGACACUACAUAUCCCCCAAACUGGGGACUUGAACUACUGCUGUGGUUUUACUGAUCAUUAAAAUAUUACAACGGUGGGUCCAUACACCAUUGUUAGCACAGGAAGAUGCAUGCCCUGAGAAUUGUGGUAUUGUCACUGCUGUGUGCUCAGUGACGAAACAAGAUUAAAGCGUAUUUUGUGAAACCUUGAAAAUCAUUGAGACACUGCUGUUCAGUCCAAAAUAGUGCUGUAGCUGUUUGAAAUUGUCCCUGUUGAAAUAAAGCCACAUAAUGAAUUUGAA